GGAAAACAAACUGCGGCUGCUACGAGGCUGACGGCAGUCUGUUUUUAGAAGAUGCAUUUAUGACUGGAUGUCGGCCCAAGCCCUGCUGAAACAAUGAUUUCAGACAUUGUGAUAGUGCGCCACCCUGUCUCCAUGUGCGUACCUGUGAACCACCAGGUGACUCUGCGUGUCCAGGCUGAAGGCUCCAACAUCCUCAGCUACCAGUGGUUCACUGAAGGAGUGAAGGAAGUGUGUGGCGGUACUCAAGCAGAGCUGACCUUCAGAGCUAAAAAGACCCAGCUCUUUGUGUGCCGAGUGAAUGAUCCAUUUUGUAACUACGUUUUCACUGAAUGGGUCAAAGUGAAGGUGUUGGACAUUGAUAAAUCAGGCUUGCCGGUGGACUGGCAGGGUGAGCCACACAUUGCUAUCAACCCGAAGUCACAGACCGUUCGGUGUGGAGCGGAAUUCACGCUCCGCUGUGCUGCCUUCGGCAUUCCUGCUCCACAGUACCAGUGGUACAGAAAUGGACUUCUAAUAAAGGACCACAAAAGCGACACGCUGCAGAUUGACUGUGCAAUAGCUGACAAUGCAGGAUCAUACCUGUGUUCAGUAUCUAACGUGCUUGAAGAAAAGUGGAGUGAACCAGCUGAUAUUGACGUCGUGCAGCGUGAUCAACUUCCUCCUCCAGCACCUACAGCAACCGAUAAAGUCGCACUGCUGAUUGGUAACCUGAAUUAUUUCAACCACCCACCACUGAUGGCCCCCAUCAUGGAUGUGCACGAGCUGGCCAACCUCCUGCAGCAGCUGGGCUUCAGAGUGGUUUCCUUGCUGGAUCUCACGAGGGGCGAGAUGCUGGCUGCCAUUGACAAGUUUAUUCAGCUCCUCGACAGGGGGGUUUAUGGUCUUUUCUACUAUGCGGGCCAUGGGUAUGAGCACGCUGGGAAGAAUUACCUGGUGUCUGUUGAUGCUCCACAGCCGUACCGGACUGAAAACUGUGUCUGUGUGCAGAAAAUCAUGCUCAGGAUGCAAGAAAGGCUCACUGCUUUGAGUGUUGUCUUAUUGGACACCUGCAGAAAAUGGUACAACCAGGACUGCAUACCUUCAGCCAUCAUGCCACUGAAACCCAGAGGAAACACAGUUUAUGGUUAUGCAACGUGUGAAGAUGCAGAGGCGUUUGAGGUCCAGGAUGGAGGGAAAAGUACUGGAAUCUUCACAAAGUACCUAAACAGACACAUCCUCCAACCUGAGAAAAUCACGCAUGUGUUGGAGAAGGUGUCUGAAGAUCUAGGAAGAGACCCUCUGGUCACAGGCAAACAGGCGGUGGAGAUCAAACACACACUAAAGGAACCUCGAUCCCUGGCAGAUCAAGUUAAGUCUGCCGGCCACACCAAAGAACUGCACUUGCGAGAUUACAGCUGGAGACAAGCAAAUGAGAUACCGCGGAAGAAACGGCUGGUGUUUCUCUGUGGAGUGGAAGUGGAGGUCAGCUUUUCAGCUUUGUUCUCCAACGUCAUGGAAGCUUUUGCAACCAUCAAGACUCUGGGCACUCAAACUGAGGACUGCACUGUCUCCCUGAGAAGCAUACCUGCAAUGGAAGACAUCUUUUCCAGGUCAGGCAGGUCAGAGGAAAUGGACUCUCUACUACUUCAGUCAACUGAUAACCCAGACUGCAUUCUGAGACUCUGCAGUCUUCAGAAGCUCAAGGAGUCGAUGAUCAUAAAGGUGGAUUUACAUUAUACUCACAAAGACAGUCGUCUACGGCAGACAGAAAGCCAGAAGGUGGACAUAGGAAUGCCUCUGGUGUCAUCCUGUAAACUCUACAGAAGAAACGAAGCGGCAAUGGACAAGACACAAGAUGUGUGCGCUCAAAGCAUGGACGUUUCAAACAGCAAACGCCGGCUGCAUCAGACUCUGGCUGGCCAGUGUCGUCCUUUCACGAGAAAAGCAGAAUGUGCUACUAAAGCUGCAAUCACACGGAGCAAUGAACCUGAAGAGAAUGACGAGACGGAGCUGCAACACCUCAAUCUUUGAUUUCAAAACUUUCUGGUCGUGCUUUUGUAAAUACUGGAUGAAAAAAUGUUUCUGCUUGCACAGUUCCUGAUCAUACACUUUACAUUUCUGUGAUUGAUGAUGACAAGAAGUAAGUGUCUAAUAGCUUAGUUGUGGUUGGUGUAACCAACCUUCAUUUGUUACCUCAGUGUUCUAAAUAUAUUAACAAUGUAAACUUAAUUCACCAUAAAUGUAUUGUUUGUUAAACAUGACACUUUUUUAAUCAGUGGCAGGCUGGAUGCCAAAUUAACUAUUUUCUGCUAAUUUAUCUAAUAAAGAUUACAUUUAUUCCUGUUUGUCUCUCAAAGUUAUGGAAAAACUGUAGUAUGCCAUUCUGUGCAACUUUUAAGACAAAGGUGUGAGGAGAGAAUGAUUAAGUGGGUGAAUUGAAUAAAUAAUUUAUAUUUUUAUUGUUCCAAUAAAUCCUUGGUUAUUUUCUUGGUAUUGCAUUAACCCCUCACGGGG